AUGACCACACGCCUCACUAUGACCACACGCCUCACCACACGCCUCAAUCACACGCCUCACUAUGACCACAUGCCUCACUAUGACCACACGCCUCACUAUGACCACACGCCUCACCACACGCCUCACUAUGACCACGCGCCUCACUAUGACCACACGCCUCACCACACGCCUCACUAUGACCACAUGCCUCACUAUGACCACACGCCUCACCACACGCCUCACUAUGACCACACGCCUGACUAUGGCCACACGCCUCACUAUGGCCACACGCCUCACUAUGACCACACGCCUCACUAUGACCACACGCCUGACUAUGGCCACACGCCCCACUAUGGCCACACGCCUCACUAUGACCACACGCCUCAACAUGACCGCACGCCUCACUAUGACCGCACGCCUUACUAUGGCCACACGCCUCACUAUGACCACACGCCUCAACAUGACCGCACGCCUCACUGUGACCGCACGCCUCACUAUGGCCACACGCCUCACUAUGACCACACGCCUCAACAUGACCGCACGCCUCACUAUGACCACACGCCUCAACAUGACCGCACGCCUCACUAUGACCACACGCCUCACUGUGACCGCACGCCUCACUAUGGCCACACGCCUCAGCAUGACCACACUCCUCACUAUGACCACACGCCUCACCACACGCCUCACUAUGGCCACACGCCUCACUAUGACCACACGCCUCAACAUGACCACACUCCUCACUAUGGCCACACGCCUCACUAUGACCACACGCCUCACUAUGGCCACACGCCUCACUAUGACCACACGCCUCACCACACGCCUCACUAUGGCCACACGCCUCACUAUGACCACACGCCUCAGCAUGACCACACUCCUCACUAUGACCACACGCCUCACCACACGCCUCACUAUGACCACACGCCUCAACAUGACCACACUCCUCACUAUGACCACACGCCUCACCACACGCCUCACUAUGACCACACGCCUCAACAUGACCACACUCCUCACUAUGACCACACGCCUCACCACACGCCUCAAUAUGACCACACGCCUCAACAUGACCACAUGCCUCAAUAUGACCGCACGCCUCAACAUGACCACACGCCUCAAUAUGACCGCACGCCUCAACAUGACCACACGCCUCAAUAUGACCGCACGCCUCAACAUGACCACAUGCCUCACUAUGACCGCACGCCUCAACAUGACCACACGCCUCAAUAUGACCACACGCCUCAACAUGACCACACGCCUCAACAUGACCACACGCCUCACUAUGACCACACGCCUCAACAUGACCACACGCCUCAACAUGACCACACGCCUCACUAUAACCAGCUUUUUAGAAUUAGCAAUUCAUUUGUUUUGCGCGUGGUCAUAGUGAGGCGUGUGGUCAUAGUGGGGCGUGUGGUCAUAUUGAGGCGUGUGGUCAUAGUGGGGCGUGUGGUCAUAUUGAGGCGUGUGGUCAUAUUGAUGCGUGUGGUCAUAGUGAGGCGUGUGGUCAUAUUGAGGCGUGUGGUCAUAGUGAGGCGUGUGGUCAUAUUGAGGCGUGUGGUGUCUGUUCAUAUUGAGGCGUGUGGUCAUAUUGAGGCGUGUGGUCAUAGUGAGGCGUGA